AUGGAGCCUUUGUCAGGCACAGGUGGCCGCGCAGUGCCCCAACUGCAUUUGCCCAGCGCCACCGCUAACCCCGACAGUCGAAACUCAAACAGUGCUCCAAAUGGUGGAUCUGUUAGCGAUCGUCUCCCUCAUCGAUCAUCUCGACGGCAGCCGGAGACACCGACAACGUCGCGGAUGGGGAAAGUGAUGCCUGCGCGAGUUUCUGGAGCAUCCAUGGAGUUCCUGGAAACACCUGUGCUCCCCCCGAUGCAGCUCCGGCAUUUUCAGGUGCUGCAUCCGGCAAUUGACGAAUUGGCAGAUGAACACGGUGAAGACUUGGCGCGUCUUUUGCUGAGUCGGUGGUCGAUUCACUCGGGCGAGGAGCAAUUUGCUUCGAUCUCGCUAUUUUGUGAGAUGAAGUUGAACGAAGCGAAGCGAAUGGCAUCUUGGGCUGAAGCACCCAAUCGAUUCUACACCGUUGUAUGUUGUCAGUUGCUUGAGAAGUACAUUUCACGCAUAGCAGUUAGCAAAGCAACUCACAAUAAUGUCGACCCAGUGGCAGCUACAGUAGGUCAGAGCAUCGCCUUCUUGCGAAGAGUUCACGCUGAGUUGGUAGCAUCGAUCUUCUUGCCCCCAACACAAACUCAAGCACAAGAUCAUGCAAUCAAGGGUGGUGGACUGGACUACGAACACCGCACACCAUACUUUACGGAAUUUAAACGUCUUCGCCGUAAAAUGCAAGCACUCGUUACGACCGUAAGAGAACGUGAAAGCACACGUACGACGCGUCAACAGCUACCUGGUAAAGUGAGUAAGCUUAUAGCUCAUCAAACUAAGCGCCGGGAUCGAGAGACUCUCGCGCUAACUUUUCGUGGAUGGGCCAACGCAAUGACUGCUCAGCGUCAAAUUCGCGCGCUGAAAAUUCAAGGCUUUCAAAGCAUGCGCAGGACGAACCUCAUUGCGUGGUUUCGUGUCUGGCGUAUCGAAGCACUGAGACGAGCGUAUCACCGGGAAAGUGCCGAUUAUCAGACGAUGUUAUCCGUCACUGCUGCAUCCUUGAGUAGGAAGGAUAUCGCGAUUGCUGAGGCUGAAGCCAAAGCAAAAUCUAUGGCUCGGAUCAUCGACAGCUUAACCGUAUCCAACAAACAGCUUUCGUAUCGUGUGGAUCACUUAGAGAAUCUUUCAGCCGCUGCUGCCUUUACUGGUGGUGGAGAUGGGGAAGACGACAACCACGGCAUAAACGACAACGACAAUGGAAGACACCAUGGUGGGGACAACGGAAACUUUCCUCUUGGACGCAGACGCGAAGCGAACUAUGAGCGGAUGGACACGUUGCUCGCCCAAGAUGAUGAACGCAUGGAUCGCACUAAUCGUAUGCUGCUAGAAACCAUGUUCGGCAUGGCACGCAUGGUCGAAACGAGCGCCAUUCAGAUGUCCAAAGACAUGAUGGACUCGCUUGAGUAUCAGCUGGACGGAAGUGUACUUCAGCACCUUGCUGAAAUGAUCCAGACAGAAAAUGAGCUCAAAGUGAAGGCUGACGCUGCUGAUGGUUCGGUGAGCCUUUCGUCGCUAUAUUUCAGCAAAAGCAUCGGAGGUCGCACAUCGACCGCGUUAACCACGAUGGCAUCACGCACAACUGCGGCAAAACCAGCACGUUAUCGUGCUGUCACUGUCCGUGACCUGGCCCAAAUGCCGAUCGAUACAUUGUUGCUUUACUGGUUCCGGAUGCACUUAAGUUUGUCGUCAUCAGUUGAGAAACCUGCCGACCGGACUGUCAAGAACUUCACGUCUGAUCUCGCCGACGGUCGACGCCUUUCCUUCUUGUUGCAUCGGUUGUUCCCGUCGUGGUUCGACGCCUCGAUGGUUCAUGAACUAGACGUCGAUCAAAGACUGCAAAAUAUCGCUACUUUCCACGAGCGCGUUCAGCCGCCAUUGCCACAAGUUGUCACCAGCGACAGCAUCCACGCUGCUAGUGGCACAGAAAAUGUCGCUUUCGUUGCUAUGCUCUUCGGUACCGCUGUGGGUACUGUUCGUAAGCUCAACAUGGAGAAACAGCGUGGGGAUUUCCUCAAUAUCGUUACGACUUGGAGACGCGUUCGUGGUCUACUUCUCGAGGUAAAACGGAUGAACGACAACUACGACGCCGGGAUGGUAGCUCACCUUCUCAAAGAGAUGCGGACGUGCGAAACGCUCUUCAAACAGCUGCAUUCCGAGCUGAAUCAAAUCGCUGUGACAUCGAAUGAAGCCUCCAGCGCACUCUCACAAAUCGCUUACAAGGUACUUGCGAUAACCUGGUCUUGCGUCCGUGCACGCGAUAUUCUUCCAAACGCUCCUCUGGGACUAGUGGAUGAGCGGACACAUGAGCGUAUACGUGAGUUCUCCCGUGUCGACAGCGCGUGCAUUCGCGGACUACUCGUCCACGACAGCGAAAACGCUUUCAAUCUGCUCAAUCAAUCUGUAGGCCGUAAAAGCUCCACCACGACGAACGCUGGGUCCGUCAUGCCGCCGUUCGUACCUGAACGAGAUGUUGGUAUUGCUACAGCUGCUGUCCGUCGCGCUCUGCACGCGUAUAGCCAGGAUCUCAACGAUAUCUUCAAACACUACAGUGCGAGUGGUGGGGCAGGAAGUCUUGCGGCAAUGAGUUUGACAGAAUUCAACAAGUUCAUCAAAGACUGCUUCACGGGAGACAAGCACAUCACAUCUCAAGUGGCUGACAACAUCUACAGAGCUGCCCUACAGCUGGAUACACCGGCAACGGGGGGAGCGAUAACUGAGGGGGGACCGGAACUUUCCGGUCGACAGUUUGCAGAUGCCCUUGUGCGGCUAGCAGCGAUAAAAUAUGCCCCGAUGCCAGCACCUCGAGGACCACGGGGAGGUCAUACUCGUGCUGCGCCAAUGCCAGCACUACCGCUAGACGAACGCUAUCGGCUUCUUAUGGAGCAAGAUAUACUUCCGAACGCUGUACGAUCUCAGCGUGAACUCUUUCGUGCCGAAGUGGCACAACCAAAAGUUCGCGAAGUUUUCCAACGACACAAACCUGUACUGCAGCGUAUCUUCCGCUACUAUGCAUCGAUGCAUGCUAUACGCGAACAGAACUCGACACUGUCGCUGUCUGCUUUUAUUGUCAUGGCGCGAGAUUGCAAGCUUAUCGGCAGUUUUGUGACGGAACAUACACUCAAACAAGUGCUUGUUAAUCUGCAGCGUGAUGAUGGCAACUCUUCUACAAUGACGACCGCGACAAUCAGCACAGAAGCCGAACUGGAAAUGCUGCGUGCAGACUUCAGCGACUUCCAAGAGGCACUGGCGGCACUCACCGAAUACGUGAUCUGCAACCCGUACGUCUCUUUACACAAGCGUGUUGAUCAGUUUUUGCAGGAAAUGUUACUUCCUCGAGCUCGUCAGAAAAAGAAAUCUGGUGAAUAA